GUGAAACUUGACAUUUCGACAUUUUCCAAUUUAAAAGCAAUUUUGUUUUAUUUCUAUCAUUUAAAAUCCGAUUAUCAGAGCUAGAAUUACCAAUAUUUUCAUUUCAGCGUGUCAAUCUAUUAAUUAUCGCCUAAAAUCGUCGGUCUUGCCUAUCAUGCUUCCAGCUUCUAUCCGGCAACGGCUAUGUCUGCUAAACUCUUCCAAUUCGCCUCUGCCGGUUUCCCAGGAGUCUCUUAACCCGACUCCAUACCUUGGAUUCAGCCUCAUUUCGGCAUCAGAGCCUCGUCUAAGUCACUAUGAAGAAUUCCCUAACCCGUCAUCGCGCCCGGCUACCGCAGAUAGCAAGGAAUCGAGCCCUUCCGUAUCCACACACGGCUCGGGGACCUCAACGCCAGAAGUAGAUCGCUCGACAGCCGUAUCGGUGUAUGAAGGCGACUCGGGGUUGAAAUGGAAUAGGGUCGUUCCUGCUUUUAAUCUUCUCCGGAAUGCUGGGUUUGAGGCUCAGCAACCAAAUUCCGAUACGCGCCUGAUAAGAAGACUCUAUAUCAAUGGCCUGGGCUAUUUACUAGAAGCGUUGCCCUCGGAUUUAUCUAGUGAAGAGGCUCGUGCAAUCCAAGACCGCCUUCCAGAAGCCAUCAAACCCGAGUCAGAUGAGACUUAUAAUAGAUUGACGAUGCAAGAGAAAGCAGCACGGCAGAGCCCACCGUCCUAUUUACACCGUAUAAUUGCUGCUCUGAUUGUUUACGGCUUUGUCCUCAUACAUUUCAUCAUUCCGUAUGCAAAGACACUGUUGCAGUCCGUAUACAGGUAUGAGAAAAACCAUCGGAUUGCAACACGAUUUCUGACUACGGCACUCGAAACUGCUGACGGCAUCGGCAAAAGUGCAAAUAAUGCCAGCUCAACCCUCAUCACCUUGAGCGAGGGUAGACUCGUCGCCGCGGUGGUCAAUCUUAUAGCUUGGUUCCUUGAAGCUGUUGCUGGCGGGGUGUAUGAUGGGGUUGGUGAAGGGCUUAUUGUUCUGGGAGCUAUUCGGCCUAGCUCCGAUUUACAGGCCCGGCCAAAACCAGACCGGCAUUGAUAGACAGAUAUUGUUACCAUAUAUAGUGUAGUUUUCGCACCUCCGGAAAGUCUUAUAUCGACCCCAGACUGCCUCUGGCCCAUGAUUUAACUUUGUUGAGCAAAAAGACACUUCGUAAGCUCUCCAACGAGGCAAAAAUGCAUUGACCGGGAAUCGAACCCGGGGCUGCUGUUAAUUAUGUCUCCAUGAAGGUGUUUCUUUAAACUAUUUCCAUCAGAAACUGUUCAAUCAAAACGCGUGGAAGACAGCAAUGUUGCCAUUACACCAUCAAUGCG